GGGAACUGGGCUUCGACUUUCUGUACCAGCACGAGAAGUUCAUCUGUGACAUAUUUGAGUUUAAAGACGAUUCACUGAAAGAAACAGCUCUAGAGCUGGUGUCAGCAGCACUAAGGCUUCUCUGGCACGUCAUACAAGCCGUAGUGCCGUGGAACUGGAAACUGAAGACUACUCUGGGAAGGAUUCUGGUGAAAGUGAAGCAAUAUGUGGCGACCGUGGUAGACCUGUUGGGAGACCCGGACUCGUUACUCAAACGGAGAGCUCUAGCUCAGAAUCAGAAGUUUCCGUUACCAGAGCUGAAAGGAAAAGACAUGCACUUGGAGCUGCAGCAACUCCAAUCUAGACUGCUGGGUAUGUUGGUGGAGAGCCUGAGUGUGCUGACAGAGACAUGUCCUCUACACAGUGACCUGCUGUCAGCUGACAGACUGGGACUUCCCAUGUUCAGGCUGAGGCUGCUAGUGGAGCCGAGGCCACCUGCCGAGACUGGGCCAGAGUAUCACACUCUCGUCAACCUCAUCAACCUCACUGCCAAGAGGCUUGCUUCAAAUCUUCGGAUAUCUCCACGCAACAGUGGCACACAUCUGGGACUAGCUAGCAAGUCUGCAUCUGACGACAAGCCCAGUGAUACUACUAAAGACUCAACCUGUGUACAAAUGUUUGGGAAGGACGACAUCUACUUUGCUGCCAAGUUGUCAACCUGCAGCCAGACUGAACUGAAGUUGGUCCUGGAGCUGACAGUCCACUAUAUGAUCUCCAACACUCUCCUUGACCAUUCUGUCCGACCAAAUGGGCUUUUCACCAGUCCAUCGUCUUCCUUAGAGAUCUCUCCACAGAAGCUAAAACGUUCUCAGAGUAUGCUCAGAGACUUUGCUAUGGGAAGGAAACCAACAUGCUUUGGACACCAGAGCCCAUCAACCUUGGGAACUACAAGCCUCUGACCUGGGGCCACUCUGACCGGAGUGAGAUGGAGGACUCUGUGUCUCUUGGAUGUGCACUGUUGCCUGAAGCUGACUCUGAUGAAUCUUUGACUUCUCGGAGGUCUGCUUCACCCUCAAAAAGCAAUGAACAGUUCUCCAAGAAGUUGAAACUAAACACGACUAGGGGGCUGUUGAGUCUGGGACAUUUCCUCCCUUCAG